AUGGAUAAUAAAAUCAUCGAAAGAAAAACCAAAGAGGAUCUACCUAUACGCCCAGAGGAAGAAUAUGCCAUAUUCUUCAUUGACAAAGAUUUUGGACUAAAUUGCGAAAAAAAGCAGCUCUUCAUAAACAAUGCUCUCAAAAAAAUAAAGUACGUCUGUAUUUAUGGAGACAAAGAGAUGACUGUGGUAGAAGCUCUGAAAAAAGAUGGUCGCUUUGUUGAUGAUCUUGUCAGUUUCUAUCUGGAAGACAUUGAUAAAAAGGAACAAACGUACGAGUGUAUGAUGAAAAUUAAGUUUUUACAUGGGAAGAAAUUCAAGAUAUGCAUGAGGAGAGGGGAAUCUGGCAAACUGCAGGGAACCCCAGGAGCAAAGGGCAGUGACAACCUGCAGGAAACCCCAGGAGCACAUCAGAAAGGAGUCAGUGUGAUAAGAGCAGGGGAAAGGACAAACGACGACAACACAGAGGAGAUUCGUCAAAUACUGUGUGACCAGUUUCCACAGCUGAGAGCACUUAUGGAAGAAAGGGUCCGUCAAAGACCUUUUGAGGAGCUGCUGGAAUUGAAGAAGGAAAAUUUUGGAAAAAUCCAACAAUCAUUCAGCAAAGUUCACAGAGUCAGAGAGCUGCUGAAACUGAGCAAAUCAGUGUGUAAGAUUGUGGUUUAUGACAUUUGUGUGGGCACUGGCUUUGUCCUGUUUGACGACUUAAUCCUGACCAAUGCACAUUUAUUUGACAAAGUACAGCCAGAAAAUGAUGUACAAGUCUUUGCCCUAUUUGACUUUGAACUACCCCAGCCAGAAACAGAUUACUGCGGAUUCUCGUGUGAGAAAGAAUUUAUCGACAUUGACAAAGAGCUAGAUUAUGCCGUACUUAAGCUCUGUCCAAGAGGCAAAAGAUCAAAAUCUCAAAGUAAAAAGAGCGUUGAGAUACCACCAGGACUCCUGAAGAAGUUUGGUCCAGUACCUGAGAAUGGUGAAGCCUGUAUCAUCGGACACCCACAAGGAGACAUUAAAAAAAUGGAUCCAACAUGUAUCAUUGAGGAGGAGGAAAGGAUCAAAGAGAUCAAUGAGCACGUGAGUCAGUACAAAGACAACGUAUUCAUUAUCCAGUCAGUCGAGCAUGAGCUCAAAAACCAAGGCAUUGAAAACAUACUGAAGGAUGGAGCUGAAGCAGACAAACAUGUGACCUGCAACACUUUCAUGUAUCAUGGCUCUUCUGGCUCCCCAGUGUUUGAUCAGUCGUGUCAAGUUUUCGGUUUGCACACGGCAGAAUUCACCUACACAUGGCCAAAGGGCUCUGGAGAGAGCGUGAUUGAGUAUGCCCUUCCUCUGCUUCACAUAUUCAACAAGUUUGUGAGCAAUCUCAGGGAGAAGAACAAUAAGACGCUGUUGGCGAGAAUCACUGAAGAAGCAAAAGGAAACCAGCACCUAAAAAAUGUACUAGAUCUCCGUCCUACACCUGAUCCUACACCUGAGCCCGUGCACACCAAUUAGGUGAUCGGACCAGAGGUUCCUCAGCCAAACACAUCUGGCUGCAUAGGUUAUCGUUUUCAUGUUCAAAAAAAAAACCCCGCUGUGCUGUAUGACCCACGGAUUCUCAAAGACUGAGUCGGGACGCAAACAUGGAACACUGAGUUUUUUGGGGGGUAAAGAUUUAUGCAGUGUUCGAAUUACGUGGGAGCCAAUGGGAGCUGGGCGCCCACGAAAAGGGGUUGGGCUUCCAUGAAGGUAGUUGAAUCGUACAUCUGGGGGGGUCAUUAGAAAUAUAACCAAAAACAAUUUUGCCUUUGCCUUUUUCUCUGGCCUGCACUAAACACACGUCAUUUUGUUCACACUUACUCGUUUUCUCUUUUGUACAAACCAGAAAAAAGGAGAAAAUCUGGUCCCCACCAGUCCGAACUUAUUAUUUUAUUAUUUUAAUCACAAUCAAUGCAGUUGUCAAAGUAAAGAGUAUAAUUUACAUAUACGAGAUAAACAAUUCGAACCCUGAAUUUUUGUAUAGAUGUAUUUCUAGUUAGUUAGUUGGUUAGUUAGUUAGUUUGCUCUUGUCAUAAUUGGUGCUGUGAUGUAGUUGAUAAUAGUUUGUCAUUUUUAACAAGUUGGUCCCCAUAUAUAAAGUUUGGGACACUAAUGUAAUCACCUACAAAAAUGAAAGAAAUUCAAAAAAAUUUGGAAAACAAAUCUGUUUUUUUUGUUAAAUCUGUUAAAUGUUACUCAUGUUGUUUUUUUUUAUCAUUGACUUUGUAUCAGCUUGUAUUAUUAUCAUUAUUAUUAUUACACAUUAAAGAGCUUUGUUGUGAUUUUGUUUUUUAUAGCACAGGUGAUCAUAGUCUGUAUGUGGAGAGAAGCCAUUUUAGCAGUGCCUGAAACCUGUGUUCUCUUGAAUUACCACCAGGGGGCGAUUCCAUGGGUUUGUGUGUAUGUUUCAAUCAAUGAGCCUACGUCUCAUUUCAUUUAUGAUGCUUUUUAGACUCAUUUAUGAGCCUAUUUUCCAAAAGAGAUAAGAGUAUGUUAAUGUAAAAAAAUAAAUAAACCAGAAAUGAAAUAAAAGUUACACCCAAAAAACAUCUAUCGUCUACCUCUUUAUCCUCAAGCCACAACAAAGAGUAAAUUGUGAUUUUAGCUCACAGGGUCACAGGAAAUGCUGGUCUGCUCCCUCAUGUGGUCAGUUUUUGUCAUUGUGGUGAAUCGAAAUGAAGGAUUUCAAACACUGAAGUCACAAAAUAAGACAUUUGAAUUUAGUGAUGGAGGCAGCAGAGGAUCAACAAACACUGUGUACUGUGAUGUUAAAAUCACUGAUUUUUUUUCUAUGGACUUUGGUGUGGGAGAGUGAGUGGAGUUUUAUGUGAGCCUGCUUUGCUUCAGCAUGUCUUGGCACAUGGGGGCGCUCACGACUCAGUCGAAACUAUGUGUCCACGCCUUAAAUUUGUCUCAUUGUGUGUGAAGUAUUUAUUUGUACUUUAUUACAGCUGAACAGGAAAUGACAACAACCUCAACAGCUUUUGAAAUGUAAAAUAAAAAAAGCUCUUCUUUUUUUAUAAAACAAAUAAUAAAAUACAUCUGUGUCCCUUUUA